GACGGACCAAGCAUUGCAAGCAAGGGAAAGGGCAACAAGCAAGAGCGAGGAUAAAAGGAGCGCAGUGAGGCAACACUUCCCCUCAGACUACGUAAAACUCCCCAUCGGUUCCUGAGAAAGAAAAGAGGCAAAAGUGAGAGACCGGAUAGUAACUAGACAGAUGACUUCCGCAACACCGUUCCCACACUCACAGGAGAGGCUGGACCGCUUCCUGGCCUCACUGCGCAAGCCUUGGAGCACCGAGCUUCUCUUGACCAGGGACGCCCUACACCAAUUGAUUCACGACCUCUGGCCCGCCGCUAAGCAAGAAGGGCAGGCUCUCGAGCGUGCAGGAUACUUCCUGACCGUGCUGAGCUUGCCCACGAACGCUUUCGAAGCCGACUCCACUUCCCUAACUAGUUCCCUGACCCAACAGAUCAUUCAACUCGCCCAACAAGACACCGAUGAAUAUGUACGAGCACUCAGCGCCUUCGGUAAUAUCCUCUCCGGCAAGCAAUAUCUCAACGACCGUCAAACACAAUCCCUUGCGGAUCAGCGGGCAUCGUAUGAGGAAACACAGAAGCUUCUUGAAACCCUGGACGGUCGCUUCGGUUCCCCAGAGAUCAUUGCCCUGAAGAACCGAGUUUUGAGGGCUGUAUACCCACAAGAAUCACAAUCGAGAGGCUUCAACUCGGAUGGCGGCCUUGCUGGACACAUCGUCACUUCGGAUUUGGUCGUCGGUUCUCCUGAAGAUGUGAGCCCAAACUCUCCGAAUCCUCAUUCAGCAACCACUCCCAGCGCCCCUGGCGCACCCGCUCCUCCGGCAUGGAUGCUCAAGAACCGUGCCAAUAAGAUGAAGGACGCUGCUUACGGUACACGGCGCGCAAGUACCACGUCCACGAAGAAGGGCCUAAUGCGACACACGAAGACCAACACGUUGUCUGUCAAUGACAUCGUUGAGCAGGAAAGAGCGGCGAAUGAGGCGAAGAAGAAGGAGGCCGAGGAAAAGAGACUAGCAAAAGAACGCAAAGAACUCGAAACAAAACAAGAAAAAGAACGCAAACAACAAGAACGCGAAGAAAAACGACUCGAGAAGAUCCGCCAGAAGGAAGAACUCCAGCGACAAAAAGAACAGGCUGAGAUCGAACGCAAAGCGCGGAUCGACGCCGUCGCGGCCGAACGGCAACGGAAAAUUGAUGAGAGGAACCGGGCGGCGCAGGAAGCCGACCGUGUGAGGAAGGAGGCGAUGGAUGCGGUGGAUGUUGCCGUUGCGAGUGAUACUGUUGUUCCGGGGGAUGGACGGAGGAGAAGCAGCGGGAUGUCGUCGUAUGAGGGUGAUGCGCCUGUUCAAGCCUACAAAAAGCCCCGCACAGACUCCACACCUUCCAUCUCGCCCCAACUCCCACCCCCACACCAACCCCAACCAUGGAACCCACCCCCCGUCCACCACGAACACGCAUACCAACAACCAUCAAAUACAGACACAAUGCAGCUCGACAGCAACCCCUUACCCCCACCCCCACCAUCAGCCCCGGAAUCAGCCACAGCGGCAACGUACCAAACCCUAGUCGGCGACGCCAUCCUCUCGUCGGACGAUAGCGAGCUGCUGAUGCGGUUUUUGGAGGGUGAUUACGCCCAGUCCGAAGAAACCCGGCUCAUCAAACUCGGCCGGGAACCUACCGGCCUGCGCGAUGUUUUUCUGAAGUUCGAUUAUGCGUCGGGACGCGUGAGCAAGAUUGCAAAGAAGGUUGGCGCCGCUGCGGUGGGGAAGAGGAAGCGGGUUGCUUAGAGUGCGCUUUUUUCUUGCUCGUCGAGGAUGAGCGUUGAGAUCAAGUCGGAAUGUUCCCCCCGCUAAUUAGGAUACCCCCCCUUUUUCGUUUUCGGUCGGUUCUUCGGUUUGUUACCGACAACCCCUUUGUCUCGCGCCUGGGUACCACCUCCCGGGUAGUUUUUUUGUCCGUCCUUUGUUCCCUUUUAUUUGUUCCGUUUUGUCUUCACAAUGAUAUGGUUUUGUGUGCGU